CUCAUCUGUGAUGUUGUCUGCUACAGACAUUUACUUGAUCUGGAGGAAUGACUGAACAUUAAUUAAGAUUCUCACAUCUAAAUCAUGAUGUCGUUGUGGUCAACAUUGCUGUUGGGCAUCCUCAUCAUUGCGACUUGGAUUCAAGCAGGAUCUUUGGCAGAACCUCUGCUUCACCAUUCAGAUUCAGAGAGCAGAGACUUUGAUGAAAAGGAAAGAGUUUCAUUUGGAGAACCUUACAUAAGACGGAGACUGUUUCAACUUGACCCUGUUAAGAAAGAUCACAUGCAGCAGUUGGAACUUGCAUCUGGUCAGAUUUUGCAGAUAAAGACCCUUGCCAAAGACCCUCCAUUGUUUGAGAUACCAGGGUUCCUCUCUCAAGAGGAAUGCGACCACAUCAAGGACUUGGCUCAGAAGGAAACACUUUUUACAAGUUCAGUUAAAGACUCCACCGAAAGAGAAGAUCCUCAAGAUUAUGAGGAAGACCCAAGUGAAGACGUCUUCAAGAAUAUUGAUUCCAAUGAAGAUAAGGUUCUGGAUGCUGAGGAGCUUCUUGACAGCAUUGGCGAUUUUAUUGAAGUCAAUGCUUUCCUUCGACAAGACGACAUCUUGGAAAUGCUACGAGAUAAUCAUCUUGAUCUAGACGGUGAUGGUGUGUUGAAUAUGCAGGAAUUCUCUCAAAUCAAUCGUGAAAAAAUGCAAGAGAUGAAGAAGUGGCUGUCUGAGCAUUGUAAGAAUGACAAUAGUAAACUGAACCGUGUCAGCCAACAAGCCUGGCUUAAUAUUGGUAGUGGGGAUGAGGUGCUGACAGACCUCAGGGAAAAAGUAACCGCACUGACGGGACUAGCAGGGGAUAUAGUACAGCACAGUGAAAGUUUACAGGUGGUCUACUACGAACAUGGCGGUCAUUUCCACGCUCAUUAUGACUCAGAAGAGCUUGAUCCAAAAAUACCUUGUUCUCAUACAUUAGGAACACUGCAAGAAGAUUGGGAUCAUGACCAUGGGGUACGUCUCUGCAGAUUCUUGACAAUUCUCUACUAUCUUGACGAGACACAAGACGGCGGGGAAACAGCAUUUCCUGUGGCAGACAAUGAGACAUUCUCAGACGAGGAUCUUGGCCCUGACGUGUAUGACUUAUCCCACCAUUGCUACAAUGCUAAUGUGUACGUACAACCAGCCAAGGGUAAAGCCAUCAUGUGGUAUAAUCACUACAUCAAUCAAACAACAGGGUGGCUUGGUGACAUGAACCCGUAUUCACUGCACGGAGGUUGCGAUGUCAGACAGGGUACCAAGUGGAUUGCCAAUAACUGGAUUGACAUUGACGAUUCCUAUGAAAAACAAAUGCUUUACAUGCGAGCCAGUGAGUUGGCUCAAAGUGGCAAGGAGGAUGGUGAUGAGCGUAGCGGAGACAGGGAUCCUACCAUGGAAUCCUUCAUGGAAGCCGUUCAGAACAUGGCAAUGUUAUGGUCGGAUUACCUCCAAAGCCAGGCAGGUGCUGAGACAAUCUCGGAGCUCUUCUCUAAAGACCUGCCUCAUGGGGGCCUGGUAGACCGGUUGGUCGAUCACGUGUCUCGCGCAGCUGCUGAAAUUCAUAUUUACCAGCAUCUCAAGCCAUCGGGUGAGAUGAGACAGGAUUAUGUGGUAAUCUGGCAGGAGGUCUUAGAAGCUGAAUUGCCAACUGAUGAGGGGUAUAUCUUCUCGGCAUUGAUCCAGGCAGCCAAUGCCUACGCACAGACCGCCCACGCUGCCACCGUCUCGGAUACAAAGCCGACGCCCACUCACAUUCUCAAGAAUCACAAUCUCUGGGACAUUAAUGAUGGAAACAAGUUGGAGAAAGACAUUACAUAUGAACGAUUGAUGUCAGCUGAAGAGAGAGAUGAACUAUGAAGAGCAGUUUGUUUAUUAAACAUUAGUCUUUUGGGAUGAUUGUCUCAACUUAACGAAGAUCGUGUACAAAAAUAUGUAACUGGCUAAAACGGUAUUUUUAUAUUGAAAGCAAACUUAUUUGUAUUUUAAAACUGUUCAUUUGACAUGUGAAUGGUACAAAAGUAAAUGAAGUUUCCAAUCAAACAUAAUUGAAUUGAAAAUUCAACUCCUCUUAAAAAAUAUUUGUUUUUGCAUACUAUAUAAAAACAUAACGACGGUUGCAAAUUAAAAUGUGAAAGCAUUUGUUUUUACUUAAAAUUGUUUUUUUUUUACCAUUUUGGUAAAUGAGAAGUAAAACAAAAAAUUAAAAUAAAAAAGGACUUACAAUAAUAUGCAACUGUGAUAUUGUUUCUAUAGUAAGAUGAAACUAUUUUUGUUUAGAAGAGUUUAAAGGCAGUGGACACUAUUUGUAAUUGCUCAAAAUA